GUUUCAGAAAAUGGAUGAUGUAGGUGCAGCGAUUACAACGUUAAAAAUUUUAAUUGUCGGUGAAAGUGGUGUCGGAAAGUCGAGUCUGAUGUUAAGAUUUGUGGAUGACACAUUUGAUCCGGAAAUUGCCGCUACAAUUGGAAUUGAUUUUCGAGUUACAUCAAUGAUGGUCGAUCAGAAUCGGGUGAAACUAGCAAUCUGGGACACAGCGGGACAAGAGCGGUUUCGUACUUUAACGCCAAGUUAUUACAGGGGAGCACAAGGAGUGAUAUGUGUAUACGAUGUGUCAAAUCGUCAAACAUUUGAAAAACUUGGCCAUUGGAUGAAUGAAGUAGACACUUAUUCAACCAAAAUGGAUGCCGUGAAAAUGCUCGUUGGGAAUAAAAUUGAUAUGUCCAAUAGAGAAGUUACUCGAGAAGAAGGAUUAGAAUUCGCAAAAAAGUAUCGCAUGCUCUUUAUUGAAGCAAGUGCUAAAACUCGUGAAGGUGUACAGUGUGCAUUUGAGGAACUUAUUGAAAAGAUUUUACAAACACCGGGACUUUGGGACAGUGAUCGAUCAGCUUUUGCUCUUGGUGCUGGCGCAGAUAAGACUGUUGCCAAUUGUACAUGUUGAUGUAUAAAAUGACUUCGGACUACUUCGGUUGUCAUGACUCAGUGAUACAUUCAAUUUGUCCGUGAUUCAAACGUGAUGCUUUCUUCUUAAAUCAGGAUCAUCGUGAUAUAGAACAGCCAUGAUUUUUUUACUACUAUAUGCUUGUUUCAUUUCGUGGCAUCAGUUUUUGAGAAUAAUUUUGGAACGUUUUUC